AUGUUUUUCUUCUUUUUUUUAUAUUUCAGUCAAAUUGUCUUGACUCUUCGUGGAAAUUUAAAUUUGGACUUAAGACUUUUUUUUUUUCAUUUUUAUCAUAAUUUAAUACAAAAAUACUUCCCUGAAAUGUUUGGAAGUAAACUAACUUCCCUGUUGAUAUUACUGUUUUAUAUAAGAGUACAGAAUGGACAAACACUGUACAAACAAAAAACAUUAACAAUAGGAGGCAUCUUUCCCAUGUCUGGCAGUUGGGCUGGAGGUGUAGGAUGUCUUCCUGCUGUGAAAAUGGCACUUGAUGAUGUCAAUAAUCGAACUGAUAUUCUACCAGAUUAUAAGUUGGAAAUGCAAUCAGACGACAGUCAGGUAAUAUAAUAGCUUGUCACCUUAUGAAAUACUAUCUAGGGAGACAAGAAUUGAUUAAAACUAGAAAUUCAGUCUGAUGACAUUCUUGUAAUGAAAUAGCUUGUCAUCUUAUUAAAUACUGUAUAGACAGACGGGAUUUGAUUAAAAGUUAGAAAUGCAAUCAGAUAUGCAUCAGUUGCUAUUAAUAUUAUUGUUUUACCAAAUGUUCUUGCCCACAGUGUAAACCUGGCCUAGGGACUAAAGUGCUGUACAAAUUGCUGUAUGACAAGCCAACCAAGCUUUUGGUACUUACCGGAUGCAGUAUUGUGUCAACAUUUGUUGCGCAAGCUGCAAAGAUGUGGAAACUAGUUGUUGUAAGUGGGGUAAAAUGACUUAUAUUAGUGGAUUACUCCCGGCUGAUGUCCAGGGGUUUUAAUUAUAGAUGCAAAUCAACAACAAAGGAUCAUAUUCUCAUUCAUAUGAACUAAGUAUAAUUAAUUUUUAAGGAAGACUGCAACCAAUUUCAUUAGAAUGAAAGAAACCUAUUUAUUUACAUCAAUAUAGAAAACUUAAUAGAAAUCAAAAUCUUACAAUUGUUACCCAUCAAAUGCUAAUAGACAUGGAUUAUAUCAAUUUUUAUAUAUAGAUUUACACAUUUUUGCUAAAAUGGCUAUGGACUAUUAUGUUAGCCCCCUGCAUAGACUUGACAUUUCAUCAUUUCGUUAUGCUUCAUAGGAAGAUAAUUAUUUUCCAACUGGUUACCACUUAUCUCAUCAACAAUAAUGAUAUAAUUGAAAAUUGUGGUAGAUCGAUCAAGUUGUGAGGUUCACUUCUGUGGUGGAAGGAGGGGUCACUUCUGAGGUGGAAGGGGUAAUAAGGGGAGAGACUGCAGUCAGGUUAGUACAAAAUAAAAUGAGUAAAACAGAGUAGGGUGUAACCUGAAAAAAUAAACGCAACAAAACAGCGAACGUGUCGGCAGAAAGCAAUAGAAGUGCUGCCCACAGAUACUAGCUACCAGCUAAGUGCUAUUUCUUAUUUUUAUUUUUAUACCGUUUUUUUUCUGUUGUUUUGUUCGCUGACGAAGGCUUUCUAUUUUUUCAGGUUUAACCCUACUCUGUUUUACUCAUUUUAUUCUGAGGUGGAAGGGGAGCCUCUUCCCCUCGCUUUGGAAAGUUCUCAGGGCGGGGAUGGAUGUGGAUUCUCUUGCAAUUUGGCAACCAGACUAAAUGAAAAUACAUCAACCAGGCUAUGUCUCAACCAGGAUAUAUGACAACCAGGCUAUGUCUCAACCAGGAUAAAUGACAACCAGGCUAUGUCUCAACCAGGAUAUAUGACAACCAGGCUAUGUCUCAACCAGGAUAUAUGACAACCAGGCUAUAUCUCAACCAGGAUAUAUGACAACCAGGAUAUAUGACAACCAAGAGAGAGCAAACUUUCCUAUCAGUACUAACCUGACAUGUUCCCCUUUAACAAUGCAUUCAGAUAGAUGCAUUUUCAAUUCUAGCUUCAAGAGGCAUUUUCAAUUCUAGCUUCAAGAGGCAUUUUCAAUUCUAGCUGCAAGAGGCAUUUUCAAUUCUAGCUUCAAGAGGCAUUUUCAAUUCUAGCUUCAAGAGGCAUUUUCAAUUCUAGCUUCAAGAGGCAUUUUCAAUUCUAGCUUCAAGAGGCAUUUUCAAUUCUAGCUUCAAAACAAUCUGUUCCACUGUUUUCUAGGAAAGAGAUGUUAAGUUUCUAUUUGCAACUUAUCUUAGGUUAAACUUUACUUUGAAAUGUUUGCUGUAAGCAAUGCAACACUCUUAAGAAUUACUGAAUGGAAUACACUUUAAUUUAUAUGUAUUUUAUGCAGUUGUCCUACGGCGGAAGUUCUCCUGCACUAUCUAACAGAGAGCGAUUCCCAACAUUUUUCCGCACACAUCCUUCAGCUACACUUCACAACCCAAUUAGAGUAAAAGUUUUCAAGAAAUUCAAUUGGCACCGAAUUUCCACCAUCCAAGAAACACAGGAACUGUUCACAUCAGUGAGUGGAGAGUUAAAUGUUCACAUCAGAGAAUGUAACAGUUGAAUGUCCACGUCAGAGAAUGUAAAUUUGAAUUUUCGCAUCAGUGGGUGCGGUUUGAAUGUUUUAAAUCAGUGAGUGAGGACGUGAGACAUUGAAUUUCACAUCAGUGAAAGUUGAAUGUUCCAAAUGAGUGGGUGUAAAGAUGUUCACAUCAGUGAAUGUUUAGCUGAAUGUUCACGUCGGUUAGUGGUAAUGAGAUGAAUUAUUUGUGUGAUUAGAAGGAAACAUUGCUUUUUUUGGUUUUGUUUAAAUAAAUUUUUUCUGUUAUAAAAUUGAAAACUGCAAUUAUUUUCUUUCUCUUCAAAAUAUGUCCCACUGUAUUAGACCAUUGAAGACUUGGAGCAAAGAGUUAAAGAAGCAGGCAUUGAUAUUGCAGUGAGACAAAGCUUUUUGACAGAUCCCACGAAUGCUGUCAGAAAUCUGAAAGUAAACAAAUCUUCUUACCGUCUUGUCCCAAGAGAGUGAAUGUUUAAACAUUACAAUUGAAACGUGUGUCAUUGGGAAUGUGUACAAAAUAAAGGAGCAGAAGUGAAAUAUGGGAAAGACGUCUGUGUAAAAUAGUUGAUCUAUAACAUUUGUUAAAGUUGUCAUUGAUGGCUGAGACAUUUUUUUCAUUGCAGCGACAAGAUGCACGAAUUAUAGUCGGUGUAUUCUAUGAAGAUAUGGCAAGAAGAGUGUUUUGUCAGGUAAACUGCAAUAAAUGUACAUUUUUAAAAGGGGGGCAUGCUUUGCAGACACUAAUAUUUAUUUUUAGUACCGUGUAUUAAAAUCAUUUAAUUGAUGACUAUUCCUGUCCAUUAUUAGGAAUGUAUUAACUUUCUGCAUCUCAUUUUAUCCCUUUUAACUCAGUCAUGUGAUUCCUUUUAAUUCAGUCAUGUGAUUCCUUUUAACUCAGUCAUGUGAUUCCUUUUAAUUCAGUCAUGUGAUUCCUUUUAGCUCAGUCAUGUGAUUCCUUUUUGCUCAGUCAUGUGAUUCCACUCUGUUAAAGAUGUUGCUUAAUAAAACUAAACCUGCACAUUUUUUUAAUAGGCUUAUAAAGAACGUCUCUUUGGCAAGAAAUAUGUUUGGUUUAUCAUUGGGUGGUACCCCGACAACUGGUAUAAAGUCAAGGACGAUCGUCACAACUGCACCGUGGAGCAGCUGGAGGAAGCGCUGGAGGGCCACUUCACAACGGAGGCUGUGAUGAUACACCAGGAGGCGACCAUGACAGACGUGGGCAUGGUUGGUUCCCUUUAUGCUUUAAACAAGGAUAGGCUUGGUUUGUUCAAAUAAUUUCUGACAUAUAUAUUGUAUUAUAUGAAUGUACGUUGUUGAGUUGACGUCUUCCUAAAAUAAAGAUUUAUCAUAUUAACAGCAGACUGUUGAUUGGGGUGACACUGGCAAGUGUCAUUAUUUAAAACCAUGAAACAGUUAACCAUCAUUUUAAGGAGCUAAACUUAUAAUACUGAUUAAAGGUAAAUGAAUCAUAUAAUAAAUGUUAGUGUGAUUUAUCUGAGUGAUUGAAUCAAAAUACCUUAUCUUCAAAUGAAUUUUAUGUUGAUAACAUAUUUAAACUUGAUUUUCAAAAGUAAUAUUUGUUACAUUAUUAAAUUAACAGCCUAAUGAAAUGGUAUUUAAUUUUAUGUUGAAUAUGUUUUUAAGCUUUUUAUCAAAACUAUUUGAAGAAUAAGGGACAUCUGAUUAUCUACAAUGGGUUAUCUGACUAGCUACCAUGGGUUAUCUUACAAGCUACCAUUAUAGUAUCUAAUGGGCUACCAUAAGUUAUCUUAUAUGCUGCCACAGGUUAUGGGAUACGCUACCAUGGGUUACUGGCUGGUAACUGAUGUUUGAUAUUUCAGACUGCCCAACGAUUCACACAGAGACUCAAUAAAAUACUGAAUACCACAGACACCAGCUUGAUAACUGGAUACCCUGAGGCACCUCUAGCUUAUGAUGCUGUCUGGGCAGUGGCUCAUGCUUUCAACAAAACAGCGACCCAGUAAGUAAUCUAUCAUGCUGGAUGUGGAGUAGCCGUCAGCAGCACGUUAAGUCACUUCUCAAAAUUUUUCUAAACUGUAGACAUAGAACAAAAAUCUGUCUGUAUUUCUUUCAUACAUUUUGAAAAAAUCAAUUACUUUACAUAUUGCUAAGUAUAACACUGCUUUGUUUACAAUCAUUGCCCAGGCUUGCAGAAAGGGGCAUGAAGCUGGAAGACUUUGAUUACUACAAUGAGGAUAUCACCAAUGCCAUCUACAGUGCCAUGAAUUCUACCAAGUUCUUAGGUAUCUCUGGGAAUGUGGCUUUCUCUGCCAAAGGAGAUCGCAUCGCAUGGACUCAGAUUGAGCAGUUUAUUAGUAAGUUUCUUUCUGUGUAUGGACAGUAUGUCUACAUGGUUAUACCAACUGGCUGUUAAUACUAGCUAGAUAUUCAUUUCAAUAACAGGAUGUGUUGGUUUAAAAAAAAAGUAAUUUGUCUGAUGAAUUCUCUAAUCACCUGUAAAAACAAUUUUAGAUUGGGUUUUUGAAAGUCGGUCAGUCAAAAGAAUUCACCCUGACAGAGAAACAAUUUAAUCAUACAUUAUUUUUUGUGAAGGGUAAAGAAAAAUAAAUACAAAUCUUAAUAAUACAUUUUUUAUGUUUUCAGACGGCUCUUACGUCAAGCUUGGAGUGUAUGACGCAGUGGCAGAUAAUCUUACUUGGUAUAGAAAAGAGAAGUGGUUAGGUUUGUGAUAUUUUCUCAUUGAUAAUAUUUGGCUUUAUUACAGUAAUUUAUUUUAAUUCCUUACUAUUUCACUGAAGUUAAUUAAUUUUUAGGUGUUAAAUUACAGUAACUAAUUGACAUUAUCGGGUUAAAUUACAGUAAUUUAAUUUUUUUUAAAUUGGCUAAUUAUAUUAAAUUACAGUAAUUCAUUUUUAAUGUUUGAAUGUAUUAGACUAAUUCAUUUGAACUUUUUGAAUAAAUACAGUAUUUCAUUGAACCUUUUUUGGCUAUAUUACAAUAAGUCAAGUCAUUUUUUUUGCUAAUGUUUAUCUAGGGGGUCGCCCACCACCUGACCACACACAAGUCAUUGAUGACCUCAGAGUGGUGUCCCACACACUCUACUUCUCCAUGUGUGGUUUGGCUGGUCUAGGAAUCCUGGCUGGCAUCCUCUGUCUUAUCUUUAAUCAUAUCAACAGAAACAGACAGUAAGUUGAAAAAUUAGCAUCUUAUACAUUUUAAUAAUAUCAACAGACAGUAUGUUGAAAUGUGGGUUUUUCUAUCUUAUCUUAUUGGUCUUACUUUAAUGUGAAUCUCAUGAGAUAGCCACUACAAGCCUAAGCUAUAAGACAACAAAUAGUUCCUACUAUGCCAAUUGAUGACUUUAUUAUUUUUUUCUUCUUUCUUUAGAUGUGUGGCGUUCUCCCAGCCUGCAAUCAACAAUUUGACUGUUGUAGGUUGCAUGAUCUGUCUAGGCUGUAUUGUCCUACUGGGUCUGGAUGGAAAGUUUGUGCCAGAUUACCGUUAUCCUCUUGUGUGUCAGGUUUGUAAAGGAUUAUCAUCAGCCUCUUCUGCGUUGAUGGUUGGGCUUAUGUCAGUUUAUUCAAAGCUUUCUGACUAUUCCAAAACCUCUUUCGUCAAAGGGGAUAGUUGUUUAAAAAAUAAUCCCAAACUAUCUGCAAUGCCUAGUUAAUACUAGAAUACUAGAAUAGUAUUUUUUAGAAUACUAGAAAUAAAAAAAUGAAAGUUAUGUGCCAUGUAAAAUUUAUCUAUAUUUUGUUAAUGUUAAUAUCUCAUUAUUGGACCUGGGAAUUAAGAGUAUAACAUAUUUAAUAAUGAAUUUACGAAGCUUAUAUAGUUCUUAAUUAAAUUGUUUAAUCAAUUACAAAUUCAAUUAUCAUGAAAACUUAAAAUCUGAAAUUCUUUGUGUUUAAAUAUGUUUGCAGAUGGUAAUAGCAUAGCACAAGACUUUAAAUUUACAGUUGGAAAAAAGUAAAGUGGAAAAUAAAUGGUCUAAGACAAACAUGAUUUAAUAAGUACUUUAACCCUGUGAUAAAUAAAAUUACAUAAGUAUCACACCUGUUUGACCCUUAUGAUUACACAAGUACCACACCCAUAUGACCUUAAUGAUUUCACAAGUACCACAUCCCUAUUUAUAAGAUAGAUUGUUUUGUAAUUCUUGAGGCUUUAAUACAGAAUCUUAACGUUUUAGAAGUUGAGAGAAAAUGGUGAACAAUAAGAGUUGAAUAAAUAUCACCUCCAUGCAAAAUAUAUAGAACCUGGGUAUGACAUUAGAAAUAAUUAAUUUAUCAGAUUUAUCAGAUCUCCUCUAAAUAGUGUUUGCCAUUAUUUCUCNGCUUCUUUCUCUUGGUUUCACUCUCAGUUAUGGAUCCAUGUUUUCUAAAAUCUGGACGGUUCAUCAGAUGACCACAACCCGCAAAAAGGACAGAACGGUACACUGUGAAUGUUUGAAUUUAUUUAAAAAACUAGGAUUUUAUGUGAAUGAGAAGUUGCUCAUCAUCGAUAGAGCCAAACUGUUGUGUGGGGUGUCAUUGAUCUGGUUGUUAUUAAAAGGCUUCCUUUAAGGCUUUGGCAAAAAAAAAAAAAAACUCAUAAAUUCUUUAACCUAUCUGUGCAUAAAUUAUUUAAAACACUUAACUCUAAAAUACCGUAGUCAAAACAAUGUUAUGAUUUUAAGAAUGCAUGUGUGUAAUGUUUAUUAAACAAGCGAAAUUUACUUUUGAAAAAGAUUAUUGAAUUAUAAGAAUCUGUAGUACAAGUCAUAAUGCAUGUUACGUAUCUUGCAAAAUUAAAUUAAUCUUUUUGAAAAUGCUAUAAAAUCAUGUCACAUCAAUGCUAACAGCUUUAUUAUCUUUGUUAUUUUUCUCAUACCAAAAUAUAAAAAAAUUGGAUUGCAAUAGAUUAAAUAAUAUAUUUUAUUCAUUAGUAUUUAUUAUAAAUUCAAUACUUUGCUACUAAAUUUAUACACCCACUUCUGCACUGAAUCAAUUCUGUUUUUUUUUUCUUCAAAUUCAGCAUUUAAAAAAAAUUCCUCUUCAUCAUUGAUAGUAAAAAUAAUACAUUGUCUUGUCUGUAAAACAGGGUGUCCAGAUCUGGGAACUGUUCACUGUCUUGGCUAUAUUGGUCUUGCUGGAUGUUGGUGUGCUGACAGCCUGGCAAGUCUUGGAUCCCUUGCAGAGAAAACUGGAAACGUUUGCACGUAUACAGCCCACCAACACUGAAGAUGACAUAGAGUUGAGACCCCAGCUUGAACACUGCCACUCAGACAACUUGAACAUCUGGUUAGGUCAGUUCUGGUUAUACAUAAAUUAAAUAUGGCUAAGACCUGGUUAUAAAUUUAGCUAAGUCCCAAUUAAAACAUCGAUGUGGGGUGAAGUCCAGGUUAAAAUAUAAAUGGGGAAAAUCCCUGUUUCAAAUGUAAAUAACAUGAAGUCCUGGUUCAAAUAUAAAUAUGGUUAUGUCCUGGUUAAAAUAUGAGUGUGGAGAAGUCCUGGUUCAAAUAUAAAUGUGGUAAAACCUUGUUUUGUUUAUUAAAGCUGCAAAAAUGUUAGGAAGCUUGAGUUGCAGUACCUACUUUUCACUGUUGAAUGGUGCAGCCUUCAACAGAAGAACAAAUAGUUAGUGAUUGGAUGCACUGAUCCCAUCUCUAGGUGUCUUGUUUGGCUACAAGGGGAUCCUUCUCAUCUUCGGGAUCUUCCUUGCCUAUGAGACUCGUAGUGUGAAACUCAAACAGGUCAACGACUCCCGGUUUGUGGGCAUGAGUAUUUACAAUGUUGUGGUGAGUACAGUGAUGUCAAACGAAAACUUAAGGUGUGGGUACAGCUAUUUUUAACUUGUGGUAGGUACAAUUAUGUGUCACUAGUGGUGGGUGCAGUUAGUGCAUUUCUGUGUGUCUUGUACUGGGAGGAGUGAGCCUGUUGGGGGGGGGUGGGGGCGAUCUUUGCAUAAAAAUCAAUUUAUAUCUACAUCCUUUGUUUAUAUUUUUCAGUCUGUAUUACAAGCUAGCAUUUUUGCUCUUUAUCCUUAUAAAUGCUGUGCAUAUAUAUAUAUAUAUAUAUAUAAAGCAGAUAGCUAUGACUCUGCAUAAAAUUUUAAUAAAUGCGUCAAUUCAUAUAGAUUGAUAUUCCAUUUGUCUUAUUUUAUUGUGUUGGAAAAGCUACACAAUUGUUAAAGACAUUUUUGGGGUAAAUCUUUUGUUUCAAUAAGCAAUCUUAAAGUUUAGUUACAAUACAACUCACAUGCUUCAGGGUCCACAGAGAAAAGAGGUUGAGAUACCCUGGUAUAGAAUUCUGAUUGCACUAGAGAAUGGUGCUUUAGUUACGUUGAGAAGUGUGUUUUAGUUACGUUGAGAAUGGUGUUUUAGUUACGUUGAGAAGUGUGUUUUAGUUACGUUGAGAAUUGUGUUUUAGUUACGUUGAGAAUGGUGUUUUAGUCACAUUGAGAAUGGUUUUUUAGUUACGUUGAGAAUGGUGUUUUAGUCACGUUGAGAAUGGUGUUUUAGUCACGUUGAGAAUGGUGUUUUAGUUACGUUGAGGAUGGUGUUUUAGUUAACAUGCUUCCCUUGUGUUUCAGGUUCUCUGUGUCAUCACAGCCCCCAUUUCCCUCAUUAUUGGUAAUCAAGAGGAUGCUACCUUCGCCUUUGUCUCACUGGCCAUCAUCCUCUGCAGCUUCUUGUCUAUGGGGCUCAUCUUUGUGCCAAAGGUAAACUAUACUAAAUAAUAAGGAUGAUCUAUGUGUCAAAGGUACACUGUGCUAAAGAUAAUCUUUGUGCCAAAAGGUAAUCUGUACUUAAGGGGGUAGGCGCCCGAAAAUAUCUAAAUUUUUCAAAAAUUGUCAAUUUUUUUAUUUUUUCAUUUUUACGAAGAUGAAGAUUCUUAGAAUCGAUUACACGUCAAUUUAUACUACCGUACUUUUUAAAAGAUUUGUUGUGAAACAACUGAUAUUUAACACCCCACCCCACUCUAAAAAUUGAACUAAUUUUGGAAAUAAAAUAAAAUUCAUACAUAUCCCAUGUUUGAGACCUCAAAAAACUAGUUUUAAAUAACAUAAUAUGCUAUUAUUAUAUAUCAACGUAAAGGUAAAUUCAAGCAGUUUUUUUUUAUAUUUAGAAUCAAAUUCAGUAAAUAUAAUUGCUACAAAUAAUCGGAUCCACAAGCGAAAUGUGUGUAGGAUUUUCUUCGCUUCUAUUUAUACAAUUAUUUUACCGAUUUUCAUUGGGCCAAACGGAGGGUAACCAAGAUACCGUUGACUCGCGCAUGCGCAAACGAGUUGUUUAUGUGUGUUUACCGAAAUUUUGCAAACGAAAGCAUCAGCAUAUUUUGAUUUUAAAAUACACAUUUACAACCUUACCCAUUCGGUAAAAGCCAGAAAUUCAAGGUAAGCAUACUAAAAAAAUGACCUUAAUUUAGCAACACGCAAUCGGUGAUAGUUGAAAUUAUUCACUUCGGACGUCAGCACUGUCUCUGUGUUGCCAUGAUGAUUGAUCGUGCGUGUGGAUUGUUUGUGAGUUUAUGUUUAGCUUAUGCCUUAUGCGGAGAAUUACAUAAGUUUCUACUAUUAGUCUUUAUAUUUACCAAUCAAGUGAAUUGUUAAAUUAUAUGAAUCCUAAGUCUAUUUAUUUAUAGUUGUCAAAACAACAUUGAUAAAUAAUCGAGUAGUUCAAAGUAAUAGUAUAGGCUAAUACUAAGGCUAGGAUUAACAUUCAGUAACAACAACGCAAUAUUAUGCCGUAAUACUACUAUAAUUAUGGUAUUAGCAUUAGCAGUAUGGGCAAAAUAAUUCGUAAUAGAAUGUUUUAACUCAAAUAGUUUAAUCUUAGCCUUAUUCAUUUCUUUUUAUCUGCAUACAAUUAUUAAUAGUAAUAGCCUAAUUAGUUUUAUAUUAUUUCUUAUUUGUAAGAUCAGUUCAUUAGACUAAUAAUAGUAAUUAUAAUAAAAUAAAUAUUUAGUUAAACAAUCCUAAACAUCUAAAUAAUACUAAUAGGCUUAUUGAGAUCAUUUUCAAUAUAUUAUUUGCUAAAUGAUGUUUAUAUAAUUUUUUAAUUCCAUUCCAGCCCCCAAUUAGUUCUACGAGCGGAGCAAAAGUUAAUUCUUCAGUGACAAGAAUUCUACAGAGGGACUGCUAAACAUUGAUUUCGAUAUAAUCAUAAUUCAAAGCUUUUACCAAUUUUCUUCUGUCUGCAGUGGAAUGGACAAAUUGCAGAAGCCAUAACUUACAGCUGAUUGCAAAACAAAAUAGUAAAUACUAUGAAUAUAACAAUGACUAGAUUGUGAGUGGUUAGAUUGUUCAUAUCCACAACUGGAUAACCAAGUCAUUAUCAAUUAUAGACUGUAAGGCCUGAAGGACAAUGGCAUGGACUAUGAAAAGUUGCAAUCUAUGUUAUCUGCGAUAAAAAAUCUAGCUGCUCCGCAAAAUUAUAACCUGCACAAAGUAUAAAAACUGCGCUAUGCCGAAGACAUGAAACAUUUAUGAGCAAGUAUCUGCCCAAUUAUUACAUUUCUAAUAGACAAAUAACUCAUUCACCUCUGGUAUGAGGGACAUCUUUGAUGAAAGAAGUACACAGAAUAGGUACAAAAGUUUCAACAUAGCAUUGCUGCCAUGAAACUAUUUAUGCUUCAAUUUCAGUGAUGGUGACAGCAACAUAACCUUGUCAUCUAAGCAUGGUUAAAAGGAUCAUGGACAAAAAGGGUUGAUUGGGGACUUUGGAUAACUUGUGUUAUACUAUAAUGCUGAACAAAAAAUUCUUAUACAACACAAAUUAGCUUUAUUCCAGAGGAAAAAAUUUUUUUGUUUAAAAUUGUGAUUUUGACGAGAGCACCUGAUGAAGUUCAAGAAGUUAAAACCCAUGUUCCUGGUGCAUUCAACAGUUCAAUAAUAUAAGAAACCACCAUGUCCAUGUUGCUGAACAAAAAAAACUAUGUAAAAGAACUUCAUUUUCAUAUUAAACUUAAAAUUUUUCACUUUUAAAGUUUAAAAUUGAUUUUUCUCAAAAUUGUUUUUUUCUGUUGUUUUGUAACGUAGAAUUCUAAAAUCUCAGCUAAUAUACAAGCUAGAGUAAUAAAAUUUGGUGUGUAUCUUCCUUUAACUAUUUUGUGGGUAAUGAGCUAUUCAAAAAUCAAUUUGGUCAAUUACUUUUGUUAAAAUAUUUUUUUUCUUAUCCUAGGAUGGUAAAUUAUAAGCGUUUUCUGCCAAGGCAAAUUUUAAAAAUUAAAAAAAAAUGUUUUGAAAAGUUUGAAGGAAAUUAAACUAGUUCAGUACCUCUAAAUAUAAUUGAAGUUCAUGAAUCAAUCAUUUUUUAAGCAAUAUGUGUGUUUGUUUUUAAAAUUUUAGAACUCUACAAAUGGGUAUUAUUUUCAAGAUGGCCGCCAUUGCCAUGGCAACUAUAUUAUUUAUUUUUUUUUUUAAGCAUGAAAAUAUAUCUCCAUUCAUAGCUUAACAUGACCAUAAUAAAAUAGUUGCUCUAAGUUGGUUAAUUAAAAAAAAAUUUUUUUGGUAGCCUGCCCCCCUAAAGUAGAUGUGAUCUUACUGCAAAAGGUCAAAUAUACUUAAUGUGAUCUUUGUACCCAAUGCAAAAUAGUAGAGAUUAUGUUCUUACAAAAAGUAAGGCUUAUAAAAGAUGAAUAGUGGAAAUUGGUGUAAUGUAAAGAACCAAGUGAAUAGAAAAAAUUUAAAGACUUUGAAUGCAAUAACAUUCAUAAAACAUAUUCUUCCUUGCUAAUAGGGCUUGUCAUUGAAUGGCUGAAAUCUAUUAAUAGAACUGAUGUCAUCUUUACUCAUCAUCCGGGUACUCAGCGCGGACAAAAUGUCAACACUGUUCAGCAUUACUAUGUUAGCGAAGUGUCCUUGAAAUUUGUUUACAACUCUUUUUUUACGAAAUAUUUUACAUAUGUUUUUUUUUACUUCUAUUUUCUGAAAUGGGAUUUCAUUGCGCGAACGGCAAAUGCAACAGUAACUCUAGAUACAAGGAUCGUCCGAAAGAUUUGCUGAAACACACAAUAAGCUGCCAUCUUUUAAGCAAUAUUUGUCCGCCGACCUUCUAAAAAUAGUACGCUAUGACGUUUUCCGGUCUAAGAAAUGACAAAGCCUAUUGCUUGGUGAUUAAAUUUUAAAAAAGGAGAUAUUAAUCAGCUCAACAAAAAAGUGAAGUUGUAAGCCAUGUAGUUUUUUGCCUAUCACAUUAGUGAUAGACCUUGUCAGAAAUAUUUUACAAUCUUCUCCUAAAUAUUUAUGUACUUUCGCUGAAAGUACAUAAAUUGGUCAAAAAGAAAUUUGCUGAUAAUUUUGGAAAUUUAAAUCAUAUGGUGCAUUAUUAGUUUUUGGAGAAAAAAUGCCUAAAAAGAAUCAUUAGGAUUAAAUAAGUAAACUCCUUGUUUUUUUGCUUGGUAUAAACAAGUGUUGACGUGACAAAGUUGACGUGACAGAGUGUUGACAUGACAGAGUGUUGACGUGACAAAUUGCUGACGUGACAAAGUGCUGACGUGAAAAAGUGUUGACGUGACAAAGUGUCGACGUGACAAAGUGUCGAAGUGACAAAGUGUCGAAGUGACAAAGUGUCGAAGUGACAAAGUGUUGACUUGACAAAGUGUUGAUGUGACAUCCCACAGGUGAUGGAAAUCCUACAGAACCCACAGAGAGACGGGCAGGAGGUGAAGAGCUUGACGGACUCUCUUGUCAGUCGGGAGGAGGAGGAGAGGCACCAGAAGAUGCUUGGAGAGAAUGAGCAACUAAAGAAACAAAUAGCUGAGGUUAGGACAGUCCACAGUCAUCCCUCAUCAUUAGGUUCAUGUUAAUAUUCUAAUCCCUUAGAGUUGUAAUAAUUUAAAAUAUUAAAUAACUUCCCUUUCCUCACUUUUUACAUAUUUUUUUUCUUAUCAUCCUCUUCAGUUGAUCUUGUUAUUCAAGCUCAUAUCAUCCCAUAUCAUAAAUUAUUAUUUUAAAAAUAAAAUUAUUUAUUGUAAGAUAAUUGACCUCGUACAUAUAUUUUUCAUACAAAUAUAUUUUGGGGGGAGUGGGGGGGGGAUACUUUACAUUCUAUAGAAAGAAGAACUAUUUCUUGUUUCUCAGUAUUAUUCUUUAGAUAGGGUUUCCCAAACUGGGUUACACUCAGUGGUGCGUUGGGGCUUUUCUGGAGCUCCAAGGAAAAGAGCUAUAAGAACAGAGGAGACAUUAACCUUAUAACUAUGAUUUAAAAUAGAACAACUUUGAACAUAAACUUGUGAUUUAUGACAUAGAGUAACAUUUUAACAAAGAAAUGUUUACAAAUCAAGAACAAAUUUGUUAAAAUGUUCCUCUAUGUUAUAAGUCACAAGUUUAUCUUCUAAGUUCAAUAGUUCUCUUUACAGUGCAAUAAAUCAAUUAGAAGUCCAUUAUUUAAAAUUUUAAAAGCAUUGUUACUUUCGUAGGGGAUGCAAGACUUGGUCACAUAAUUCAUGGGGGUUUGGGGGGGGAGGGGGCAAGACCAGUCGGAUAAUUUACAGAAUCUCAUCGAUUGAAUAUAGAACUAUUUCUUGUAUGUCUGAAAUAUUCCAUAGAUGGAAGAUCGAAUCCGUGAACUGAACCAAAAGUUACAAGAGCGGGCCAGGCAGCGCGUCACCUCGAACAAUAUGACAAGCAGGCCAAACAACACCAACAACAAGGUUAUCAUCGUGGAUCAUCUCUCGUCUGAUACCUGUCCCCAAAACCAGCUGUCUCACGACUCGAUUUGCCACCCCCAAAAUCAGAUAUUGCACGACUCAAUUUGCCAUCCCCAAAACCAGAUUUUGCAUGACUCAAUUUGUCACCCCCAAAAUCAGAUGUCGGCUGAAUCCAUGCUGGCUAUUAAUUCCUCACCACACAAGGCUGACGUUAUGAUGAUGAUGACACAGUCUAGCCCUGUUGUGGCUGAUGCCAAUUCAGAUUCAGGACUGGCCGAAGAAAGCUUUGGGAAAAAUUCAAGUGAUAAAAAAGGAUCAUCGCCAGAAGCUGUGGAAAUAGUCACUCUGAAUCCACUGAACAUUUAA